AUGCAUGAACAAGCUGUGAAACGAGUGAUUGCCAUAGAAUGCCAGGAAGAAUGUAACGAAGAUUUGAUACCUAUCCCGCCAUUUAAGCUUGCUGGUCGAACGGAUCAGUAUCCAAAGUAUUUGAGAAAUCGUUGCGCGAUCAAGAAAAGGUAUUACUUACCACACAAGCUAAUGAGAAACAUUGUGGCUAGAGCACAUCUCCUCAUGCCAGAGUGGAUCUGCGAUUUCAGACGUUACCGGCACCAGGGUUAUCUCGAUUUCAACAGAUUAUUGGACUUGAUAGAAGCGGAUACGAAAAAAGGCGCGCUCGCCAUCAGUGCUACCUAUUACGGUGACAUCGUGCGACUGAUCUCUCAACCGCGUUACCUUUAUGACGUACCCCCACCCUCUAUACGCGACUUCCUCAACUGCGCCGACAAUUUGCUCGCUCUUCAGGUGGUCAUGCGUAUGAUUAAGACCAUCGAACAUCUUCUCGAGGUUUUACAGGACUGGCAAAUUAUGCCGCUAUUAAAAGUACGCAAUCUAUCCUUAUUCAUCUUUGGUUCAUCGAGAAAAGAGGAAAAUGAGCUGCGAGGUCAAACGUUAUCGAUCGAGAUCCUGCGAUUGAAAUGCGAGAACAAUGACCUAUUCCUCAGUCCAACUAUGCGCGAGAUUUGCACCUCUUUCCACAACGUCAUCGACAACAUCAGUCACGUAGGACAGAAUUUGCCGCCACUGGACUCAUGGGUUGGCGUGAAAUCUGACCGUGAACAUAUCAAAGUUAUUCUACCCGAAUGGUAUUUAGAAGAAACGCAUAGAAGACUCGCCCACGUAUUGCAAAACGCUUUUCAGCCUUUCAUCAGUUACGUUGACGAAUUACAUGAAAAGUUUCGAGUCGUUUUCGGUCCAGAAACCCACGAUAACAUUGUCGCCUACGUCAGCAUGGGACGUUCUUUUCAAGAAUGCGUAACGAAAGUCGAAGAUUUUAAUCGAUUCAUUCGAGAAAUAAAUGGCAUGCCGAAUCAUGAAUACUUCUCGAUAGGCCUAAUUCAUCAAGUCGCAGCGAAAACUGGUUUACUUCAAUAUACACAAGAAGCUCGCGAAUUGAUUAUCGAAGAACUGGUAAAGAGUCAUCGUCUAUUCAAUCUUGAAAUUUGCAGUGCGUUUGAAACUAUAAGAGAAAAAGCUACGAAUAUUCCCGAUACUACCAAAGAGUUACUCGAAUUAGGCGAAUACAUGAUAAUGGCCGCGUCAACGUUAAUGAGAUCAUUGGAAGAGAAGAUCACUCUUUCGUUGCGUAUGAUGGCGUCUCUAAUUGAAAUGACAACUCUAACUAAAGACCACAUCGAGUUAAAUAACACCACUAUUCAUUGGUUGAAGCGAAUUAGGCCAAUAUUCGAACAAAACAGCGCCAUGUACGAACAUAUAAAAUUCCAGUUGGAGGAAAAACUCCAAAACAGAAUCGAAGUUUUGAACAGAGAUGUUGAAAAUAUGUUUCCCAGAUUGGAUAUAAUGAACGACAUGGACGACGCAAAACGGAUAAGCGAGUACAUAGAGUUCAUGCGAAAAUUCGCUCGCGAGUUGGAGCGUAUAGACGACAGGAUAGAGUCGAUUAAUGACGAAGAGAGCCUAUUCCAGUAUCCCUUAUCGGAAUAUCCUCGCAUCAAGGAACUGAAAGAAAACAUAAUGCCGUAUUACGAUUUAAUUUAUCGCUGUUAUCGCUGGCAGAGACACCGUGACGUCUGGUUGGAUGGCCCCUUCGAAUACUUGGACUCGAACGACAUCGACAACAAGACGACAGAGUACUUUGGGGAGUUCAAUAAGAUCAGCAAACAGUACAGGACGAGAAUAAAAAUGGAACUCGCGAUUAGCUAUCCUUACGGUUUCAUAGGAUCGCCAGAUGAUCCUGAUCCGCUUCAACAGCCUGCGCCUCUGAAACUAAGUUACCAACUCAUCGAGGACAUUAAAUGGUUUAAGUCGUAUAUACCGUUGCUGACCGUUUUCCGAAAUCCCGCGCUGAGACAAAUCCAUUGGGACGACAUGUCGUCUAUAGCUGGAUUCGACCUCACCCCCGACGCUGGAACAACCUUUCGAAAAAUCAUAAACAUGGACCUGAUGGAAAAUUUGGAAAAGUACGAGAUGAUAAGCACAAGCGCAACGAAGGAACAGAUGCUCGAGGAGUCUCUGGCAAAGAUGAUCAGCGAGUGGGACGGCGUGUUGUUCACCACUGUCCUGUACAAAGACACCGGAGUGAACAUCUUGGCGCAAUUGGACGAUAUUCAAGGCCUCUUAGAGGAUCACAUCGUCAAAGUCCAAGCGAUGCGUGGCUCCGCGUUCGUCAAGCUAAUCGAGGAGGAAGUUAAAAAUUUUUACUCUCUCUUACUUCGAAUACAAUCGACGAUCGAGGAAUGGACCAAAGUACAAGUACAGUGGAUUUACCUGCUGCCCAUCUUCUCGAGCAAGGAUAUCGUGGCGCAAUUGCCCGAGGAGGAGGUUCUGUUCGUUCAGGUGGAUCGAAUAUAUCGCAGCGCGAUGAACGGCGUUGCCAAGGAUCCUCGAGUUCGAGAAACCGCGGGCUCUGUGGGCCUCUUAGAAAUCAUGGUGGAAGCCAACACAUUAAUGGAGAAAGUUAACGACGGAGUGUUGAAUUAUUUAGAGAAGAAGAGGCUCUUCUUUCCAAGAUUCUUCUUCCUAAGCAACGACGACAUGCUCGAGAUCCUGUCGGAGACGAAGGAACCGCUUCGUGUCCAACCACAUCUUCGAAAAUUGUUCGAAGGGAUAAAUAGACUAGGAUUCAACCCUGAAAUGGAGAUAUAUUCCAUGUUUAGCGAGGACUUCGAAGAAGUCAACAUGCAAGACACGAUCUCAACAGCUGCGGCGAGAGGCUGCGUAGAACGAUGGCUCAUUCAGGUCGAGGAACAAAUGGUGAACUCUAUAAGGCACGAAAUUCGUAUGAGUUACUUGGACUACGAAGUAAACCAGCGAGUAGUAUGGGUACGGAUAUGGCCAGGCAUGGUCGUCCUGUGCGUUUCCCAAAUCUACUGGAGCAUGCAAGUUCAAAACGCUCUGAUGACGCAUAUCCCGUCGACGAUAGAAGCGCUCUACAAAAAAUUGCAGUCACAGAUACUAGAGAUGGUCGAACUGGUUCGAGGCCACCUUUCGAAGCAGAAUCGUACCACGUUGAACGCUCUGAUUACCCUCGACGUGCACGCCAUGGACGUCGUCAAGUCCUUGAUCGACAAUAAAAUAACGAACGAGAUGGACUUCGAGUGGUUGGCGCAGCUGCGAUAUUAUUGGGAAGACGACGUGUUCGUCAGAAUUAUAUACACGACGGUGUCGUACGCGUACGAGUAUAUCGGAAAUUGUUCUCGUCUCGUCAUUACACCUCUGACGGAUAGAUGCUAUCGCACGUUGAUUGGAGCUUACUCUCUGCACCUGAACGGAGCACCAGAGGGUCCAGCAGGCACAGGGAAAACCGAAACGACAAAAGACUUGAGCCGAGCGAUAGCCGUGCAAUGCGUGGUGUUCAAUUGCUCCGAGGGCUUGGACUACAAGAACAUGGGUAAAUUCUUCAAAGGUCUCGCCUCGUGCGGAGCGUGGUCCUGCUUCGACGAGUUCAACAGAAUCGAGCUGGAAGUGCUGUCCGUGGUAGCGCAACAGAUUCUCUGCAUCAUCCAAGCGGUGCGCGCCAAAAUGGAGACAUUCCUGUUCGAGGGCACGGAAUUGACGCUGAACCCAGCCGUCUACGUUUGCAUCACGAUGAAUCCUGGUUACGCGGGUCGCACAGAGUUACCGGACAAUCUCAAAGUUCUCUUUCGAACGGUGGCGAUGAUGGUGCCCGAUUACGCCAUGAUCGCAGAGAUCUUUCUCUAUUCGUCGGGUUUCUCCACCGGCCGCGAGCUCUCCACGAAGAUCGUUACCACCUAUAAACUCUGCUCGGAGCAGCUGUCCACGCAGUCUCACUACGACUACGGGAUGCGAGCCGUGAAAACUGUCUUAACAGCCGCGCAGAACAUCAAACUUCAAUUCCCCGACGAGAACGAGUCGGUGCUUCUACUCAGAUCAGUGAUCGACGUGAAUCUACCGAAAUUCCUGGCUCACGACGUUCCAUUGUUCCAAGGCAUCGUCUCGGACUUGUUCCCAGGCUUGGAGCUUCCGUCACCUAGUUACGACGUGCUCCUGAGAGCUGUUCGUCAAGUUGCGGCGGAACGAAACCUGCAACCGGUCGACGGUUUCCUUCUGAAGAUUAUACAGACCUUUGAAAUGAUGAUCGUGCGACAUGGGUUCAUGUUGGUCGGAGAGCCCUUCGGCGGGAAGACGAUGGCCCUGUACACGCUGGCCGAAGCCUUAACGUUGAUGCACCAGUGGGGCGAUGAAAACGGAGCCGUGACCAAGUACUUCACGAUCAAUCCUAAAUCCAUCACUCUGGGACAAUUAUAUGGAUUCUUCGAUCCAGUGUCCUCCGAGUGGACGGACGGAAUAUGCGCUGUCGCGUUUCGAAAUUACUCCACCGAGGAAACGACGGACAGAAAAUGGAUCAUCUUCGACGGACCCGUCGACGCCAUGUGGAUCGAGAACCUGAACACGGUCCUGGACGACAACAAGAAGCUCUGCCUGACUUCCGGCGAGGUGAUGCAGAUGUCCAACGAGAUGUCGAUGAUCUUCGAGGCGAUGGACCUUCUGCACGCGUCUCCAGCUACAGUGUCACGCUGCGGGAUGAUCUACAUAGAGCCUAGAGUUCUCGGUUGGCAUCCGUUCUUUCGUUCCUGGCUGAACAAUCUAAGCCCAGAGUGGACCGAGGGCUACGAGGAUAACAUCCGGGAACUCUUCCAAUGGCUGAUUGACCCUUGCUUGGAAUUCAUACGGAAAAGUUGUCGCGCGACUAUAACUGCUGGCCAGAUUCAUCAGGUCGUAUCAACGAUGAGUCUCUUCCAAAUGUUCAUGGAAGACGCCGUCAAGGAGAAUCCGAAAACCUUCGACCAAUUCGUUCUGGCGUGGUUGCAGGCCACCAUGUUGCUGUCCAUGGUUUGGGGCGCUGGUGGCACCCUGGAUCACAGUUCCUGCGCAAAGUUCAACGCGUUUUAUUUAAGUCUGUGGAAGAACGAGCAGAAGGAACACCCGCUGCCAGAGUUUCUCGUCGAGGGCUUGAUCUCCCUUCCAACGGACGAAUUGAUACAUGAUUGCUUCUACACCUAUCGAGGGAGGGGUGCUUGGAGGAGAUAUGCGGACGCCGCCAGGCAGGAAGAGUUGCUGGAAACCAGCAGCCUAGUCCAGAUAAUAAUACCGACCAUAGACACCGUCAAGUAUCAAAGCCUGUUUCUAAAACAUAUACAGCAUCGCAAACGGUUUCUUUUAUAUGGAGAGACAGGCACUGGGAAGAGUGUCUACAUCAAAGACCUCAUCAUGAACAAACUGAGCGAGGACGAGUACUUGCCUAAUUUCAUCACAUUUACGCCGCAGAUAACCGCCGCGCAAACGCAGGAGUUGGUUGUGCUGAAGCUGUACAGGAGACGCAGAACCAAGUUCGGUCCACUUCCCGGUACCCACUGCGUCGUGUUCAUCGACGACGUGAACAUGCCUGCGAAGGAGAUGUAUGGUUCCCAGCCACCGAUCGAGCUCCUGCGUCAGUUCUUCGAUCACAAGCUUUGGUUCGAUCUGAAACAGCCAGAGAUCAUACGCGUGUACGACACGAUGUUCGUAUGCGCCAUGGCACCGCCCGGCGGAAGUAGGCAGGAACUGUACCAGAGGUUUCUCAGACACUUCCACUUGUUCAGUAUCAGCAACUUCUCAGAGGACACCAUAGUCAGAAUCUUCACUACGAUCGCGUUCAUAGGGUUGCAACGGAACGGCUUCACCACGGCGGUGAUGCCUACUAUCAUAGAGAUCGUGGCUGCCACAAUGAACGUCUACAGAAACGCUCAGAUGGAGCUGAGACCAACGCCGACAAAGUCUCAUUAUCUCUUCAAUUUGCGCGAUUUCUCGCGCGCGAUAACCGGCUGCGCGAUGAUCAGAGAGGAGUCCGUCGAGUCGAAGACCGAUUUCACGAAGCUGUGGGUACACGAGAUCCUGAGGGUCUUUGGGGAUCGAUUGAUCGACAAGCCUGACCGACGUUGGCUUUACCUCAAGAUCAAAGAGGUAGUCGAUCGGAUCCUGAAGGAGUCGUUCGACACGGUGUUCGACUACCUGCCGAAAUUCGACGAACAUUUGACAGAGGAGAGUCUGCAGAGUCUCAUAUUCGGCAACUUCAUGGACGUCGACACGAUUCCCGUCGAUCGUCGAUACGAGGAGGUGAAGUCGAUGGACGAGUACUUGGAGGUCGCGAUCUCCUGCUUGGAGGACUACAAUCUCACGCACAGGCACAAGAUGGACAUCGUCCUGUUUCGUUACGCCCUCGAACAUCUAGCGAGAGUUUGUCGUAUACUGGUGAUCCCUUGCGGUAGCCUGCUGAUGGUCGGCGUGGGUGGAUCUGGUAGACAAUCGCUGACGAAACUGGCGGCCAGCAUGGUCGGUCAUGGUCUCUUUCAGGCGGAAAUCGGCAGCGCGUAUGGCUUGCAAGAAUGGAGGGACGAUAUAAAAAAGGUGCUCAUGAACUCCGGUGGCGUAGGAAAGGAUCACGUUUUCCUUUUCACCGAGGGCCAAAUCAAGGACGAGAUCUUUCUGAUCGACAUCGACAGUCUGCUGAACUCCGGCGAGGUGCCCAACCUGUUCACCGUGGAGGAGAAGCAAGAGAUCAUCGAGACAACGCGGCUGGCUGCGCAAGGUGGCAAUCGCAACUUGGACAUAUCGGUCGAGGCAGUUCUUGCGUACUUCGUGAACCGUUGCAAGGAGAAGUUGCACGUGAUGCUGUGCUUCAGUCCUAUCGGUGACACGUUCAGGAACAGGCUGCGUCUCUACCCGAGCCUCGUCAACUGUUGCACCAUCGAUUGGUUCGACGUCUGGCCGGAGGAUGCUCUCGAGCAAGUGGCUUUGCGCAGCACCACCGACAUCAACAUCGACGAAGCUGUGAAGAUCAACGCGGUGGCCGCCAGCAAGUUCUUCCACAUUUGCGCCAAAGACAUCAGCGUUCGAUUUUAUAACGUCACUGGCCGACAAACUUACAUCACGACCGCCGGUUUCUUGGAUCUUAUACGGACUUACGCGGAACUCAUCAAAGAGAAGCAAGAAGAACUUACGCUUGCUAGAGACCGCUACAUCAACGGACUGGACAAGCUAGAGUACGCAGCUAAGCAAAUUGGUCAGAUGCGAGUGACGCUGUCGGGGCUGAGGCCGCAGCUCGAGGCAUCUGCAAAAGAAACGGCUGAGACCAUGAGGAAGAUCGAGACCGAGAACGUAAGCGUCGAAAAAGCGAGGAUUCUGGUCAAGAGGGACGAAGACGUUGCGAACGUCCAAGCUGAAGUUGCGAUGAAUCUGAAAACGGAGUGCGAGGCAGACCUGGCGGAAGCUCUACCAGCUCUGGAAGACGCGAUAGCGGCUCUAAAUACGUUGAAGCCCGCCGACAUAGCAGUCGUAAGAACGAUGAGAAGUCCCCCUGCGGGAGUGAGACUCGUGAUGGCUGCCGUUUGCGUCAUGCUGGACAUACCACCCGCUAAAAUCGAAGAUCCAAACACUGGCAAGAAGGUCCUGGACUACUGGGGUCCGAGCAAACGUUUGUUAGGCGACAUGAAAUUUUUGGAAACCUUGCGACAAUACGACAAAGAUAACAUUCCCGAACACAUAAUGCAGGAAAUUAAAACAAAGUACAUGACGGACAAAAACUUCGAGCCGAAGGUCGUAGCAAGGGCCUCGUCGGCUGCUGAGGGCCUCUGCAAAUGGGUGAGAGCGAUGGUUCUGUACGAUGCUGUCGCAAAGGUAGUUGCCCCGAAGAAAGCAAAACUGGAUGCCGCGCAACGCGACUACGAGAACACCGUCAAGUUUCUGAACGAGAGACGUGAAAUGCUCGUAGAGCUGACAGAGAAACUAGCCGUUCUCAACGAAAAUCUGCAAAUAACACUCGCGAAGAAAAUCGAGUUGGAAACAGAGGUGACGAACUGUAGGAACAAGCUGAUGCGAGCAGAGAAAUUAAUCAGCGGGUUAGGAGGCGAGAAGGAUCGCUGGAUGGCGGCUGCAGCGAGUUUACAAGAAUCCUACGACACCCUGCCCGGCGAUAUUUUAAUUUCUUGCGGCAUGAUAGCGUACCUGGGACCGUUCACGUCAACCUAUCGUGUCGAGAGUUUGGACAAGUGGAAGACGUACGUGAAGAACUUGAAAAUACCGUGCUCGGACAAUUACGACUUCCUCGAGGUCCUGGGGUCCGAGAUAAAGAUCAAUUCUUGGAAUAUUCACGGUUUACCGCGAGACUCCUUCUCCACGGAGAACGCUAUCAUUAUGGACAACUCAAAGAGGUGGAGUUUGUUCAUCGAUCCUCAAAGCCAGGCGAAUAAAUGGAUUCGCAACAUGGAGAAACAAAACGAGCUUGAAAUCGUGAAGUUGACGGAUGAUGGAUACAUGAACAUCAUAGAGCAGGCUCUGGAGUAUGGCAUAGUAGUCGCGAAGGAAAGGCCAGAUUUGCAAGAGAAGCGAGAAUACCUAAUCGUUCAGAGCGCAGCGAAUAAAAAGGCCCUGAAGCAAGUAGAGGACAACAUCCUGAAGACAUUAUCGGCGUCCGGUGCUAGUAUUUUAGAGGACGAAGAAGCGAUUGAGAUUCUCGACUCUUCCAAGAUUCUGUCCAUAGACAUACUGAAGAAGCAAUCAGCCGCGAAGAAGACGGAAACGCAGAUCGAAGGGUUCCGACAGAAUUAUAAACCCAUCGCUAAACACAGCUCUGCCCUUUACUACACCAUCACCGAUUUACCCAACAUCGAUCCGAUGUAUCAGUACUCGUUGACGUGGUUCAUCAAUUUAUACGUCAAUUCCAUCGAAACCGCGAACAGAAGUAAAAUUCUAGAGAGGAGACUCAUGUUUCUGCGAGAAACUUUCACUUACACGCUGUACCAAAACGUGUGCAGAUCGUUGUUCGAAAAGGACAAGACGCCCCUAAUUAUCCAUCCUUCUUUCGUUCGUACGCGCAACAGACACGAAUACGAAGACUACAUCAAGCAGAUCGAAGGAAUCCCCUUGUAUCCACCGCCAGAGACGCUAGGGCUGCACAUGAACGCGGGAAUAACGCGAAAUCUCGAACUGACGAACGAUUUUUUCCAGUCGAUGAUGAUGAUUCAGGGAACGGUGGCGGUAGGAGACACGUCUAAGCAGGACGAGAUCCUGCUGAACAUGAAGAAGGAUAUAUACGAUAAAAUGCCGCACCUGUAUGACAUCGAGGAGGCGCAGAAACGAUAUCCAGUCAUGUACAUGGAAUCCAUGAACACGGUACUGAUACAAGAGCUGGAGAGGUACAACACUCUUCUAAACGAAAUUCGAAAUUCCCUCGACCUGCUCGAGAAAGCUGUCGAUGGACUGAUAGUGAUGACUCCCGGACUCGAGGUUCUAGCUCAUCACAUACUGAGUGCAAGACUACCACCAUCUUGGAUAAAAGCGUGUGCCUAUCCAACCUUGAAACCACUAUCAGCCUUCGUCAAGGACUUCCUGGAUCGACUGAACUUCUUCCAGAAAUGGUUGACGGAGGGGAUACCGCAAACUUUCUGGAUAUCUGGAUUUUCGUUCGCGCACGCUUUCCUCACAGCGACCACGCAAAACUUUGCUAGGAAGUACAAGAUACCCAUCGACAGGCUAGAUUUCGAUUUCAAGGUUCUCCUUUUAUACAUUUUUCAUUCGGUACUUCCCACGUACCAGACAAAUACGUCACCAACGGAUGGUGUUUACGUCUAUGGAAUGUUUCUGGCUGGCGCGAGAUGGGACAUGCCGAGCAUGCUGCUCGAAGAAAGCUACCCGAAAAUUCUCUGGGACCCCAUGCCGAUCGUUUGGAUGAUACCAUCCCAUGUGGAUACUCUUUACGUAGGGAAACGAUACGAAUGCCCCCUUUACAUCACUUCCGCGCGUUAUGGUAUUUUAAAGACCACUGGACACUCGACGAAUUACGUGUUGUCAUUGCUUUUGGACACGAAACAUCCCGUCAGUCAUUGGAUCAAAAGGGGACUAGCUCUACUCUGUCAGUUGGAUAAUUAAAUAACUAUCGCGUUAUUAAUUCUUUAAGCGUGUAAUGGAGAAUCUCAGCUCGGGAACUAUUGUCUAUUCAACGUGAAUGUCGUAUUUUCAUUUGCAUCGAGUAAUUUUCUUUAUUAUAAUUAGACUGCGGAUCUUUAUGCAUUUAUAGGAAAUUUGAAUGUCCAAUACCCUACAGAAUGCAAACAAUAUAUAAAAAUAUACAAAAAUAUACAAAAAAUUGAAAGUAAAGUUCAUGUUAUAAUAUUUACAGAAUAAAAUAGAUUCCUAUUUAGGCCCAUUCAAUUUUUGUAGGCACGUUCGCGAAUAUUUUAUUUUGGAUAAAGAUCCGCAGUUUAAUUAUAAUAUAUAGAGUGACUUCUAAAGAUGAUAGAAUGAAUAAUUAGCCAAAAUUCACGCUAUAGGAAGGAUAUAUUAACUAAGAGAAUUGCAGAUAUAAGCUCGUAUUAUUCUGCAUGUAAUUGAUAAUAUCAUCAGGCUCGAAAGAAUGAUGAAAUUAGCAAUUGCAUACUUUAAAUAAUAUCGAGUACCCAGGUCUCACCACGUGGAGGUUGCUGCAUGUAGAGACCUGACAUUGGGGUGAAAGGAAUGUGCCCAGCACAUCCUAACCACCCAGUUUACAUGCACCUUCCCCAUGCGACCUUCACCUGCACUUCUCUAAUAGAAGUUUAACCACCACCAUUACCAAUACCAUCCAAUAAACAAGCAUCUCAUACAAUAAAUAACCUUCUACAUCCUUAACUCUAAAACUACCAACUAUCAAGAUACACCUAUUACAAAUAGUACUACAUCUGUGGAAGUGAAAGGAAAAUUACUACUAUUAUUAUUCCUACCUAAAUGAGCCCUCAUUAUAACUAUAAUUAAACACUAUAAUGUAUUUUUUCGUUUUAACCUGCCUAGCUAAACAGAAUACGAGAAAAUAUGUUUCGUUUUGGUUCGAACCAUUGAUUUGAUUGCAUUUACAUCCUACUUAUAGAUAAAUCUAGAAAAUAAAAUACAAGAAUGUGUGUGUGUGUUCUUUCAUUCUUGUAAUUAUUAAUCCCACAACGAUUUUGCAAAAUGUAGCAAGCCUAUCAACUAGAAAUCUAUGUGUAUUCACAUCCCGCUUGCAGAUAAAUCUAAAAAAUAAAAUACAAGAACGUGUAUGUGUUUCUUCAUUUGCGUAAUUAUUAAUGCCACAACGAUUUUGCAAAAUGUAACAAGCCUAUCAACUAAAAAUCUAUGUGUAUUCACAUCCUACCUGCAGAUAAAUCUAAAACAUAAUAUACAAGAAUGUGUGUAUGUUUCUUCAUUGUCGUCUUCAUUGUUCAUUGUUGAUCCCACAAAGAAUUUCUAAAACAUAAACCAAAACCUAUCAAAUAGAAUUUCAUAAGAUCGA